UGAGGUCCCACUCAGAAAACCCCAACAACAAUGGUCAGGACUCCGCCUCCUCGCUCCUCCCUCUGGCUGGGUUAGCGAGGGUUUGCCUUGGUAUUCGCUUCUUUCCACUCCCACCGCCCUCGCGAGUGCGGGAGGCUGGGCCAGAGCUGAGAGGGCCGCGGAGGAGAGGGGCGGCACGAUGAACGUGGGCACAGCACACAGCGAGGUGAACCCCAACACGCGGGUGAUGAACAGCCGCGGCAUCUGGCUCUCCUACGUGCUGGCCAUCGGGCUCCUGCAUGUCGUGCUGCUGAGCAUCCCCUUCGUGAGCGUCCCUGUCGUCUGGACCCUCACCAACCUCAUCCACAACAUGGGCAUGUACAUCUUCCUGCACACGGUGAAGGGGACACCCUUCGAGACUCCGGACCAGGGCAAGGCGAGGUUGCUGACCCACUGGGAGCAGAUGGACUACGGGGUCCAGUUCACAGCCUCUCGGAAGUUCUUGACCAUCACACCCAUUGUUCUGUACUUCCUCACCAGCUUCUACACCAAAUACGACCACAUCCAUUUCAUCCUCAACACCGUGUCCCUGAUGAGCGUGCUCAUCCCCAAGCUGCCCCAGCUCCACGGAGUCCGCAUUUUUGGAAUCAAUAAGUACUGAGGGUGCAGCGCCUUCCUCUGCCCAGGAUGGCCGGGGAGGGCUGAGGGCCUGUACUGCGAUACUGAAGCCAGAAGGAGCCUCUGGACGCUGCCAGAGAUGGGGGCCGAGCCUCUUGGCCUGGUUUCCCCCCUGCUUCCCCCAGUAGCCGACUCGGAGUAGCUUGUAGUGGGGUUGGGGUAGGCCUCCCGGGCUCUGACCCCUUCUGAUUUUUUUUGAUCUUUUCCUUUUGCCUUUUGAAUAAAAAGACUCCAUGGGGGUGGUCAUAGAAUGGGCUGGGCUCCUGGGCUGAACAUGGGCCUGCGAGUUUGGGACAAGAGGUCAGGGACAAACCUCUGUCACUUGUUGACCCUCAAGUAGCCAAAGCACUUUAGCCCCUGCCAGGGGAGCGGAGGGACGGUACUUUCACCCUUAGGUCUGCAGGGGGCCGCUCAGUGGGUGCUGGGCUGCACGAACGCAGGCGUGUGCGGCGCCUUGAGAGCUGCCUCACGCCAGCCUCAGUAGCCGGCCUGGGU